UAACGCGCGCGCCGGGUCAAAACCCCCGUUUUGGGUUUGGGCUGGAGGUGGACCCGGUGCUCAUCCGGCCACAGGCUGAGGAUGAAUGGGAGACUUUCACUUUCCUAAACUGGAGAGAAUUCAGAGUUUUUCCUGACAAAGUGGCAGGAAAGUUUCUUAGGAUGUUGUGACGUUUGCAGCUGUUCCAGACAUGUUGCUGUGGUGUUGCCCUGGGAGAACCUCUUGAUGGAUAAUUAACACCAUUCAGUGAUGGGCUGUGGGACUAGCAAGGUACUUCCUGAGCCUCCCAAGGAUGUUCAUUUGGAUCUCGUUAAAAAGGUUGAGCCAUACUGUGGUUACAAAAAUGACAUAUAUAAGCACUUCAUCAAGGAUGAUGGUGGUGACGCCAUCAAAUCCGGCUUCCCUUCUCCUCCCCGCCACACCAACCCUUACGCCAGCGGAUACUCUCCCACGCGCCUGGAGCAGCCAGAGCCCCGCAAGAACAGAGUGGCUAAAUACCGUGCCAAAUUUGACCCCCGAGUGACAGCCAAGUAUGACAUCAAGGCCCUGAUUGGCCGAGGCAGCUUCAGCCGUGUGGUGCGGGUGGAACACAAGGCCACCAAGCAGCCGUACGCGAUCAAGAUGAUUGAGACCAAGUACCGGGAAGGGAGGGAAGUGUGCGAAUCUGAGCUGUGCGUGUUGCGUCGCGUGCGGCACACCAACAUCAUCCAGCUCAUCGAGGUGUUUGAGACUCAGGAGCGUGUCUACAUGGUGAUGGAAUUGGCCACUGGAGGGGAAUUGUUUGACCGAAUCAUUGCCAAAGGCUCCUUCACGGAGAGAGAUGCUACCCGAGUGCUGCAGAUGGUAUUGGAUGGGGUUAAAUACUUACAUACAUUGGGGAUAACACACAGGGACUUAAAGCCAGAGAACUUGCUGUACUAUCACCCAGGAAUGGAUUCUAAAAUAAUGAUCACAGACUUUGGGCUGGCGAGUGCCCGGAAAAAGGGAGAUGACUGCCUAAUGAAGACUACGUGUGGAACGCCAGAGUACAUUGCUCCAGAAAUCUUGGUCAGGAAGCCUUACACUAACUCAGUAGACAUGUGGGCCUUGGGCGUCAUCUCUUACAUCCUCCUAAGUGGGACUAUGCCUUUCGAGGACGACAACCGGACCCGUUUGUACCGACAGAUUCUGAAAGGAAAGUACAGUUACUCAGGGGAGCCAUGGCCGAGCGUGUCCAAUCUGGCUAAGGAUUUCAUUGACCGUCUGCUGACAGUGGAUCCCGCUGACCGGAUGACCGCCCUUCAAGCCUUAAAGCACCCCUGGGUGGUCAGCAUGGCUGCUUCAUCUUCCAUGAAGAACCUGCACCGCUCCAUCUCUCAGAACCUCCUCAAGAGGGCAUCAUCUCGUUGCCAAAGCACCAAAUCGGCCCAGUCCACCCGCUCCAGCCGUUCCACCAAAUCCAACAAGUCUCGGCGCGUGCGGGAACGGGAGCUGCGGGAGCUGAACUUGCGCUACCAGCAGCAGUACAAUGGCUGAUCGUUCCCCGGGAAGUUGCAGGGAUUCAUUUGUUCUUUCCAUCGGGAUGUGUCGUGCACUGCAUCUGUUGGGCAAGAGAAGCCCAGGCACUGGCUGCCCUCUUCCCUCUCUCAAAGAGCAGCCUUCCAUGUCCAUACUCCCUCCUCAAGGGAAGUUUCUGGACAUUGCAGUAUCCUCACUGUUGCCUGGGUGAAGUCCACCUCAGCUGGGUAGUGCCAGGUGGGACAAGAAGGUACAUCUGCUUCUUGAAAAGGCCUUGGAAGAAGUCCAGAGUUCAUUGCCAGAAGCCCUGGAGCCACAUGAAGAGGAGAGAGCCCUUCCUCGACCAAGGAUUCUUGCUGCUUCUAACUAUUUAUUGAUUCCAAGUUGUUAAAAACCCACCAGUGGGGUCUGAUGGCUGGCUGGCU